UCAAUUAAUAGGUAGCACCAGGUAUCACUAUGGGUUUACUUCGCAUUGGCACUGGAGGCGGGCUUGUGAUUGCAAUGAUUUUCAACGUAGUUGCAUUGGCAACUCCUGGUUGGAUCUACACAACUUCGUUUUCCGUAGGCUUGUUCAAGAGGAAAGUUGGUGACGCAACUCUGGAUGUGAAUCGAGGAGACGCUGAAAAAGUUUGUAUCGCUUUCAACGUGAUGGGAGAUGCGAUAUUGCUGUGUGGUGCUAUAGCUGCUUUGAUAGCUGGCCGUGAAGAAGGAAAAGAAGUUAUUGGAAAAGUUGGGGCGGCAUUAUCAAUUGUUGCAGGCAUCUUCAUUAUGAUUGGAAUGGCUACCUACACCGGCCUAUAUUCUGAAGUCGUGUCUGUUCCAAACGUCACCUGGGGAUAUAGCUUUGCAUUUGGAUGGAUUUCGUUUUGUCUCGCAAUUAUCGGGGGAGUUGUUGCAUUUGUUGGAAAAUAAGAAUAUUUUAAAGACAACGACCAACGUUUGUUGGUUUUGGCCAUUUUGAAUCAUAUAAAAAAUUGAGAUUGAAAUAAUAAAAUUUUC